CUUCCGGGGUCGGAGGACGACGGCAGCCGGGGGUGACAUUAAACAUGGCGGCUUCCUUGAUGGCGUUGGGUCGUGUUUAUGUUAGGGGUGUCGUAGUGUGUCAGGGCUGGGGUGGUGGCACACUGGGCUGUACGAGUGUCGCCCGCAGUGUGGGAUGUGUGAGCACCCAGAGCUGGAGACAUCACAGCGCGCUGUCCCAGUCCGGAGAGAAGGUCACCCACACCGGACAGGUAUAUGAGAAUAAUGACUACAGGAGAGUAAGAUUUGUUGGGAAACAGAAGGAGGUGAAUGAGCAAUUUGCUAUUGAGCUGAUUGCAGAACAACCUGUUAAUGAAUCAGAAAAACGAAUUGUAUCCUGUGAUGGAGGAGGUGGAGCUCUGGGUCAUCCUAAAGUUUAUAUCAACUUGGACAAAGAAACAAAAUCUGGAACUUGUGGAUAUUGUGGGCUUCAGUUUAAACAGAAGCAUCAUCACUAAAAUUUGCAUUAUAAAUGACCUAUGUAACAUUAUUAAAAGUAUAUAAUAAUUUAAA